CGGAAUGACAUCUUGCACAUUUGCCAUUUCGGCUUGAUUUGGUCUGAUUUUUCUUAACCGACACGGAACAGGGUCUUUCCCACCUGCAUCUUGUGCUGCCCCUGCCAAUAACUAUCAAUCAUUGUCAAACCGCGCGAUCCAGCAUUGAUUGCUGUUUGGUGCUUGUCAGAACAAGAGAAAAAACUCGAAACGAAAGGAUACCCAUGAAGACCAAGCGUCGGCCGCGAUGAUCGAGUCCGAGAACUUGCGUACGGCGUCGCUGUACAUCAACAACCAGCUGUUGUCCCGUGGCCUACUCCGCGAUGGCAAUGGCAUCGAUUUCGCCCAACCGGGCGACACCGAUACCGAGGUGGCCGAGACCAUGAGCCGUAUCAUGGCCGUGGUGAACGAUCUCAUUCUGCGGCGAGAUCGCGAUGCCGAACACCGCGAGUCCCUCUCGGCCACCCUGCGGACCCUCCGUGCCGAGUCCUUACGACAGGCCAACGAUAUUCAGCGUUUACAAGAGAAAUACUCUGACGCGCAACGUAAAGUUGGCCUGAGCGAGGCCGCCGAGACUGCCCUCCGCGCAAAUCUCAAGACCUCCGAGGCAACCGUUCACCGCCUAAAAGAGGAGGCUGCCCGCACAAAAACACUCGUGGCCCAGACAAGGGCAUCCUGUGCGAACGAAGUUCGGAAGCGGGACCGUCAGAUCGAGGGCCUCAAGAAAGCCGUCACAGAAGCGGGCAGGGCGAGAGGCGCCGGGCGAAGCACUGGUAUCACAUCCAUCAAUGUGGUCGGCGAGACCGGAUUAGAAGCCGAACACGGUGGACCGACCUUCGAUGAGGAUGAUGAGCAGAACCACGACCUCCGCACGGAGACCAACGCGUUCCUGGCCGAGCUGGCGAAGGGUCUCAGCGAGGAGAAUGAAGGUCUGCUCCAAUUGGUGAGGAAGACAACGGAGCACUUGAAGGAGAUGAGCGGUUGGGACGUCGCCAACGGGAAUCCGAUGGAGAAUGGAGACGGCCAUGCCAUGGUCCUCGCUGCCCACCCCGCCGACAUGUCCCUCGAAGUCGAUGCGGUGCUCGACCACCUACGCACGAUCCUAACGAACCCGUCGUUUGUCCCUAUUGAGGAGGUCGUGGUACGCGAGGACGAGAUCCAUAGGCUGCGCGACGGAUGGGAGAAGAUGGAGACACGUUGGAAGGAGGCCGUCCACCUCAUCGACGGCUGGCGCAAGAGGAUGCAAGCGAGCGGUCGGGCCGUGAACGUGGAAGAGCUGAAGAUGGGACUGCGGCUUAGCCCGGUGAAGGUGCGCAACGUCGAGGAGACAUCCCACGGAUAUGCCCUCCGUCUAGCCGCUGUCCUCGAGGACGAGGAAGUGGACACUUCUCAACUCCAAGACGAUGAGGGUUCGUUGGACUUGGCCCUGCGCCCGGAAGCCGACGACGAUGACAGUGAUACCUCCAGCAUCUUCGACCACAACGUCGGCGUUGAUGAUUUCGACGUGGAAGAGCCGAACGUGGAGAUCCUCCAACAAUCGGUUAUGCUGCCCUCACCGCCACUCCCAUUACCGCCGCAGCUCACCCCGCUGCGUGAUUCCUACACGGCCGCAAACAGAGGCGACCGCCCACACAACAGAAAGCCCCCGAAGGGCUUCCCGACUAUCUCGGAAGGAACAAACCGGGACUUCGUCGAGGACGAACCACCUCUCCCCCCGCCUCAUGCGGAGAAUCCGCAGCAGUCGCCGCACAAAAAGCCAAUCCUGUCGCUGCGUACAGUACCGCCGGAGGAGGCUGCCAAGGUUGAGCUGCCGCCCUCCGCUCACGUUUCGACGCCAGACAAUUCGCUCGGCAGCCUGCCGUUCAACAAGGCUGCGGAUGAACGCACGUCUAAAAACUCGGCAGCUUCCGCAAGGGCCCAAGCACGUCCGGCGCCCACUACGAAGAGGAGGGAGUCUCCGAGGAAGAAUGAUCCCGCAAAGAAGGAGACUACGAGAAGGGAGGCUAUCAGGAAGGAAACCGUUCGGAAAGAAGCGACGAAGAAAGAGGCCAUGAAAAGGAAGGAGACUGAAGAGGUGAAGCCCACGACCAAGCCGCCGCCGAAGUCCCGGUCGACCCGACCCCCUAUUACCAGAGGAAGGUCCGAAAGUCGGCCAGACGACAAGACGGCCCAUCUCGCAAAGCCACAGCGGGCCACCUCGGCAACUUCGGCGACCUCGGUCAGAUCUGCUGGCACUACUAAGAGCGCCAACAGGAGCGCUAACAAGAGCGCAAACGCCGAACCUUCCAUGCCCCCUCCUCCGCCACCCCACGGAGCUGUGCCGUCCCCAGCGCCAUCACCAAGCCGCUCCCCAAAACGCGUCAACUCUCGCCUACCACUGCCCCGACCCGGCUGCAACAACAACAAUGUCCUUCCCGCCCCGCAACAGUCGCCCCUCAACAUGGCCGCCAUCACCGCCAAGCUGGCCGCCUCGGAGCGAGACGCCGACGCAGCUCGCGUACGAGCAAAGCUCAAGGCGGCCCGCCUCGGAAAGGGCGUCAGCCUCCCGCCACCCGGCACAGCCUCCACCGCGAGCACCACGCCCACCGAGCCGGAACCCGAGCGCAACACGGGCGCGCUGAGCACCCGCUCCGAAACGGACAGCGCUGCGGGCACCGCAUCCACGUCUGCCUCCACCUCGGACGGCGCGCCCAGCUCCACGACCACUACCCGUGACGAGGACGCUGACGAGCUGGGCUUCUCGCCGCCCCGCAAGGCCCAACAGCCGCCACCGCAGCCGCUACCGCAGCAGCAGCAGCAGAAACAGAAGAACAGUGGCGGUGGGGAGGCGGACCUGGGGAGAUCGCCCGUGCGCAAGAGGGAGAGGAGGACGAGCAAGGCUGCGUCGCGCAGGCGGAGUACCCUCGAUUCUCGGGAAUUGGAUGCCCUGAUCCAGGGGGGGAACGUCACUGUGGAGAGGUAGACUGGCCUUGUGGUGAAGGAUCCUACCCUUUUUUGGUUUUUGGAUUUGUUUUUCCUCUUUUUGUUUCGGGGUUUGGAGAGG